AUGGUUGCCAUGAGUGAUUAUGACAAUUAUCACAAAACUGUCAAACGCAACUUAGUCACCAGUCUCCUAGGAUCAUCUACUCAGAAGAGACAACGUGCUCAUAGAGACACCAUGAGUGAUAAUCCUUCAAGAGAACUUCAUGCCUUGGCUCCAAAUUCUCCACAGGUUACAUCCUCCUUUACAAUCGGACUUCAUCUUGAGGCGGAGGCUAGACUAUACUACUACCGAAUCAGGGAUUUACCGAGACAUCUGAGGUUUUCUCAGGAUCACGGGACGACACCGACUCGAUUUUACACACCAGAGAAAGAGUUAUGUUUUAGAGGAUCCUGGAUUACUAUUUAUUUGAUUAUGGAGUUAUGUUUUUUUGAAAUGGGUUCUUUAGCUGAUGUUUACGGUGACCCAUUUGCUGGAAUUUACGAGCCAUUUUCUAGGUUAAAUGAGAUGGAUUUUGAGCUGCACGAGAUUUACAUGGAUCAUAAACCACGACAUGAGUUUGUAUCAAGGCUUGAUAUAUGUAAGAAUCAUUUUCUUAACAUUCUACUUUGUGAUGCGAACAUCAGAAAUUCAAGUAUGACUGAUGAGGUGAAAGAUCUAGUGGACCAUGGUAAUGAUUUUCAAAACGAUGAGGAUGCAGAGGAAGUAGUGACGAACAACUACAUAAUACAUGAUCUAAAUGCUAGGUGCUAUAAGAUGGAACCUAAGUUAGGGGACGUGUUUGAACCACCUGCACAACUGAAAUUCUAUGUGACAAACUAUGCAGUAAAUUGA